GGGUGGCAGCAGAGAUCAAGACAAACCAUUAUUCGGCUCUUUUGAUUCUGGGGCUCCCACCGGCAGAGGCUUUGGAUCAUCUCACAACCCUUUUUCUUCACUUACCUCUGAGGAGCAGAAGGAUGAAAAGAAACUGCUGUAAGCUACAGUUUGUAGAGAGUCACCUGCUGUAAGCUACAGUUUGUAGAGAGUUGCUGCCCGAUUGCUUGUUUUUCCAGAAGCACUUAGUCUUUCUAUGAAACAGAGUAAUUUUGAAAAUCAGAGUAAGCAAAACUAUAUGAUCACACUUUAAAGGUUAGUCCUGCUUACAAGGCCAUUGUACUGUGCAUUCUUUAGAGUACUGGGUGACUCAGAACAACUGUGAUCCUGAAUAUUACUGAUAAUAGCACUUCUUUUUCUUUUUAAAACUUUUAUUUUAGUUAUCCUAUUUUUAGUUCCAUAAACAGUGGAUUUUUAAGUUUUGUUUGUUUGUUUGGUGGGGAGCAGGAGCUGUUUUAGGAUUUUAAGACAGGGUCUCCCUGUGUAGCCUUGAUUGGCUUAAAACUCACAGAGAUUUCUGCCUCUAGAGUGCUGGGAUUAAAGGUGUAUGCCCAGCUGUUUGUUUUCGAAGUGCCGAAAAUUGAACAUGAAUUUUCAGGUGUAUUGGGCAAGCAUCAAUUUUGUGUGUGUAUAUAUAUAUAUAUAUAAAGAAGGCAAAAUUCUGUUUAUUGUGAUCCUAAGUGUAAUAACAUUCUUUUUGAUACCUGUCUGUUUACUAAUGGCCACAUUCUAGAAGAAAUGAAACUUUUAAUUUAGAGCCCGUUGUAUCCACAGGUUUGCUUCAGAUUAACUAUUAAGUGCAUGGGCCUGGGGACUGAAGAGGUGAGUGCCUCACAGGUGGAGAUGAUUGGCUGUUCUUCCAGAGGACCUGGGUUCAAUUCCCAGCACCCACAUGUUAGCUCACAACUGUCCAGGGGCUCCAACACCCUUACACAGAUAUGCAUGGCAGGCAAAACACAAAUGCACAUAAAACUAAAAAUAAACGAAUUUUUAAAAAAUAUAUUUUUAAAGUAUGUGGACCUGUUUCCUGUAUUACAAAGUAGAAAAAUUAAGAAAACUGUCUCUGAAGUCCUAUAAUCCACUCUUAAAUUUUAAUGCUUCUCCAUAACUUAUAGUAAUACUAUUUGUUGUUCCCAGUUAACAAUUGUGUUAUUGUGUUUAUUCUUUAAAAAAUAUUAUAUUUCACAUAAUUCUUAAAUAUUGAUUAGUCUUUCUAUGAAUUAGAAAGCCAACACAAUUAUUCUAGAUUAUUUGUAACUACAAAAUACAAGGUGUUUGUUGUUUGGGAAACAAGUUCUCGACGUGCAGCCCAGAUUAGCCUUAAGCUAGCUGUGUUUCCCUGACUGGACUCAAAAUCCUCCUCAGCCUCCCAGGAGCUGGAAUUACAGCUAUGCUCACCACACUCAGGUUGUGAUUUGUAUUUCUGUGAACUUCUGGGAUAGAAAGAUAUGUUUGUAUAUUUAUUUACUAGAAUUUAAACUUUCAGUCAUUCCACUUCAUAAAUAACAAAUUUUAGCAAGCAAGUGGAAAUAUCCAUUACUCUUCCAUUUUUUUCCCCCCAGGGAAGGAAUUGUCAAAGAUGUGGAGAUUUGGGAAUCAUCGGGGCAGUGGAUGUUCUCUGUGUAUUCACCAGUGAAAAAGAAACCUAACAUUUCAGCUAAAUUCUGUUCAACAGCUAGUAAGUCAAUGGAAGAAUAGGAUAAAUGAACUGAAAAAUCUAAAUAUGUCAACCAAAGGAACUCUGCUCUCUGAUGUAAAGGGUGGAGCCAGUCAAGCAGCGCCUGCAUUUGGGUUUGGAAGUAAGCAAGCAGGGACGUUUGGCUCAUCAGGUUUUCCAGUGAAUAGCAGCAGCAGUAAUGUUCAGAACUUUAGUUUUAAAACGAACUCUGGAUUUGCCACUGCCCCUUCUGGAAGCACGCCUGUGUUUGGGAGUCCCUCGGCCUUUGGGACUGGGCCCUCUGCUGGUUCUGCCACCGCUUCCUCUGCUCCAGCCUUUGGAUUUGGGAAACCUGAAGCCACAUCUGCUGUUCCAUUUUCGUUCAAGAGCCCUGAUGCUUCCGGUUUUGGAUCACCUGGAUUUUCAGGAUUUCCAGCUUCCUUGGCAGGGAGUCCUUUUGGUCCUUCAGUGGCCCCUGCCUUCGGAAGUGGCAGUUCUGUAGCUGGUUUUGGUAGUCCUGGCCCACAGUCUCAGUCUGUAUUUGCCAAACCUUCUAAUGACUUGUUUGGAGGUAGCAGCAUAUCAGCCUCCCUCCCCAUCUCUGCCACAAACAGUGUACUGUUCACACCCAGGGAUCAGCUGACUAAAGAGGAGCUGGAUCAGUUCCAGUCCCAGAAAUUUACUCUGGGGAAAAUCCCAUUGAAGCCACCACCUAUGGAACUUCUGACUGUAUAAAAGGCAGUUUCAAAUACAGAACGGCUUUAGCCAGGCAUAUGGUGCUUGCCUAUAGUCUGGGAGACUGAGAGAAGGGAUGCCACAAACUCAGGGCCAGCCUGAACUGCACAGAGUAAUUGGCCAGCCAGGUCUGUAUGAAUACCUCCAAGAAAAAGAUCUGAAUGGUGUUUAAAGAAAUGGUUUUUUUAGUGCUUGGUAUCACUGGGCCCUCACACAUGCAAGGCAAGUUCUACCUGAGCCACACUCCAUCCCUAAAUAUGUUUUUUAAGAUUGUCUUGAAUUAUGAGGAAUGUAAGCUUUUAGUAAUUUGAGGGACUUUAAAGGUUAACAUUUUUUAUAAACCUAGCUAAAUAAAGCACAGCCAAAAACUCAAUAAGCAAGGGAAGUCUUUUGUACUGUAAUUAUGAGUGGAACUAAAAAAUACAGUGUACUAAAUAAAGUAAUUUUCUCAUUCUA